ACAUAGUCCUCCUUCAACUUUAACAAAAUUAACAUAAACCCUAACUUUGGCUUCUCUGCGAUAAUUUUUUGACUGAAUUAAGGAACACCAGUAAGGCAGUAACCAUGUCAAUUGAUCACGAAGGUGACUUAGAUCUCCUUCUCUCUCUCCAAGAUCGUGUUCUUGAUACUCCGCCUUUGUCUCCAUCUUCUUCUCAUCCUAACUCACCAGGUUAUCAAUCUGAUGAUGAAGUACGAAGGCCAAGCGGAAAUGUGGACAUGUCUGCAUUCAAGUCUGCUGUUGAAGAUUGCAUGGAUUAUGAUGUUGAAGCCGCUAAAAAAGCUUUGAAAUCAAAUCGCUUGAAGAAUCCAACUGAUCUUGAUGUUGAGAGAUUUUCUGGUCUUCGAAUCCGGAACCAGGUGGUUUCGUCAGCAGAGCUUAAUAACCAGUUUUCAGAUAUCCGAUUUGUCCGGCUGUCUACCAUAAAGAAUUUGAUAAAAGGGGACACUUUAUCAGGUUGUUGGGCAACUGUUGGUGUUUUAACUGAAAAAGCAAGUCCAAAGAAGAGCUCUACUGGGAAGGCAUAUGGCAUAUGGAAGGUUGGGUGUUUGGAUGGACAGCUCAUAACCAUAUUCUUGUUUGGUGAUGCUUACAAGCAGCACAGCAAGGAGCCUGCUUCAACUGUUUUUGCAUUCUUCAAUGCGGGUGUUCGCAAAGAUGCUUCUGCUCCAGGUUUUCAAUUGAGCGUUUUCAAUGCAAAUCAAGUCUUAAAGAUUGGUACUUCUGUUGAUUAUGCAGUUUGCAAAGGGCGUAGAAAAGAUGGUGUGCCUUGUAGCAUAGUAGUAAAUAGGCGUCUUGGGGUAUACUGCAGCUUCCAUAGGGUGACAACUUCAAAUAAAUAUACUUCCACGCGUACCGAGCUCAAAGGAGGGAAUCUAAAAACAGCUUUCAGGAAUCCACGUCAACCUGAAGGAAUUUAUAUGGUUGAUCCUUUAGCAAACAGAACGAAUGCAAUGAAGUCUAUCAAACCUCCAAAAGUGCUCUCUGUUGAGGGAUUAAAGAAAGCCUUAAGCAAGGCAAGUAAUGUAACAACAAACACACACUCUCAAGGGAUACGAUUUCUUAAUGAAAUCACAGUCAGUAUGGGUGCUAGAACAGCAAAAACUCAAAAUGCCCAAAAAAACCAAGUGAAAACGGGUUUGAUGAAAAGAUCUCUUUCCACAGCAAAGGAAGGUUCAUCUGCCGCACAAAAGAAUAAGCAACCCAUUUCAAAAAGGGUAAGGACGGAGCCAAGGCAACUCUCAUCCCAGCAACCCUUGGAAACCACAAAAAAGAUGAUUGAAUUGGAUUAUGUCAGCUCUGAUGAUGAUGAUCUUUUUGUAUUGUAACAAGUACUAAGUUAUGUGGACUCAAGAUUUUUGGCAUCAUAGUCCUUAGGAGUUCGAUUAAUACCCUAAUACUAGUUCGGCAUUGUAAAAUAUAAAGGGGAUUUUUGCGGUAUAUUGUCUUGUGUCUAAGGAAAUGUAUGCCAAAGAUAGAGUUACUUGUUUCAGUUUUAAAUUCAUCUGAACUGUGCAUUGUGUCUGAAGCAUGAAGUUUUGAAAAUGACAUGGUCUAAAACAUUGGAAAGAUGUAAAGCAGAAGAGUUGGCUGCAAAUUAAGUUACAAUAGGAGGAAAAUAAAAGUGAAAACAAGCCUGGCCCUUUCCCUUAUUUAAUUCAAACUUUCUUUUGUAUUCCAGUUCAUUUCUCCUAAAACAUCAGCUCAAAUGCACUAUAAAAAGUGGGCUCGUAAGGGUGUGUACAUUCGAUUCUUUUAAAUCUUGUUGAAAUGUAAGCCUCUUAGCAGGUUGGAGUUAUAGUGCAAAAAUAUGGCAACAGUCUUGGUCGUUGUAAUGAAUGUAACAUCUGAAUGCUAAAUAUUGGUUGAGUGUAUGAGAUAUUCCUCAAAAAAGCUUUG